GUAAAAUACAGAAAAGAAAAGAUUGUACUUUGGAUCUUAGAAAUAUUUUCAUGAAAUUUCAUGAAAUUACAGUUUCAAUAUAAAUUAAAAGGAAACCUCUCACUACUAUCUAACAUACCUCUAAAAACAUCGAUAUUUACAAAUGUUCACAUCUAAAUUAAGGGUACUUCAUUGCACCAUCAACAGUGUGGUGGUAAACAUGUUCCUGUUCUGGACAACAGUUUAUCUUGGCAUUGGUCUUAUUUGCACCUAUUAAACUGCAAAUCAUGUGAGAAAUGCCAGACUUUCUCAAAGGAAACAGCUGGGCCACUAAAGAUUGCCAAACUCUUGAAGUCUGUCAGAUUAGUUCAGUAAAUGUGGUAUGCCCAUUGGUAAAGAAAACUAUAACUAUUUUUUAAAAUUACUUUGAAGCUAAGAGAUAAUUUACACUUUGAUUUUCUCUAAGGUUCAGUGAAGCCUUGAACAGGUCUUAUUUUAUCUAAUCCAAUUGUGCCUCUUUUUAGUGAUAAUAUAUGUGUUUUCCACCAUAGUAGGUCUAUUUUUGCCUUAUCUGUGUGGUAAAUUUCUUCUUGAUAUUUAUGUUUCUACAUGUUUUAUUGUAGGAGAAAUUCCAAAUCUUUCAGUUAAGUCUUAAAAUUGCUUCACAUGAAGGAGGAAACCUUGAUCAAAAGAAGAAUGGUCUGACUCACAGGUCAUCUUCAGAAUAAAGCCAAACCUAAAAAGCAGUGAUCCAGAACCUUUCCACAACCAGAAGAGAUGAGCACUGAGAGGCCUUUCAACUUAAUCAAACACCCAGGGCAGACAAGCAUUCCUUCCCUUGAAAAUAUAAGUGAUUUUUCCUUAAAUGUCACAGACUGCAUCCAGAUUGUGGUGCCAGAGGAAGUUUUUUUCACUGUUGCUGCUGCUGGGAUACUGGAAAAUCUGCUUAUCCUUAUUGCUGUUGUUAGAAAUAAGAACUUGCAUUUGCCCAUGUACUUUUUCAUUUGCAGUUUAGCCAUUUCAGACAUGUUAGGUAGCUUGUACAAAACUCUGGAGAACAUCUUUAUCAUCUUGUGCAAAAUGGGAUACCUGACACGUCAUGGGGACUUUGAGAAAAAACUGGAUGAUGCCAUGGAUUCCAUGUUCAUUCUGUCUUUACUGGGAUCUAUUUUCAGCUUACUGGCUAUUGCAGCAGAUCGAUACAUCACUAUCUUCUAUGCUUUGCGGUACCAUAAUAUCAUGACACUGAGAAGGGCCUUGGUUAUCCUGGCAAUCAUUUGGACCUUCUGUGCUGGCAGUAGCAUUGCCAUUGCCCUCUUCUCCUAUGAAGCUGCAACAGUCAUUCCCUUCACUAUCCUGUUCCCUCUAAUGAUGUUUUUUAUACUGUGCCUCUAUGUCCAUAUGUUCCUCCUGGCUCGAUCUCAUGCUAAAAUGAUUGCCUCACUGCCCACCAGCACAGUCCACCAGAGAACUAACAUGAAAGGAGUAAUUACAUUGACUAUUUUUCUUGGAGUUUUCCUUUGCUGUUGGGCCCCCUUUGUUCUUCACAUCCUCUUAGCAAGGUUUUGCCCACAUAACCCUUACUGUGCUUGCUACAUGUCCAUUUUCCAUGUGAAUGGGACACUCAUAAUGUGCAAUGCGAUCAUUGACCCUAUGAUUUUUGCAUUUCGAAGCCCAGAAUUGAGGAGUACAUUUAAGAAGAUGUUUUACUGUUCCAGGUCAAACUGGAACUGGAACUGGUAAACACUUAGUGAAAAAUUAAGAUUAUAGAAGCACCUGUGGAGUGCUGUGCAACAUCUGUUUGCGGAGUCAAAAAUACCAACAAGUAUGCCGACAGUAAUACUUUGUAUAUUGCAGUGUAUUACCAGAGAUUUUUCAGAAGACGACCAAAGAAUACAUAAAAACCAACUAUGCUUACAAAUCUUUUUCAAGUAGACCUCCAGAGAUAUUACUAAGCUAAUUCUGUUGACAAUGUUCAUGAAAGUUAAAAAAAAAAAAUACAGUCUUAACUAUCUUUUGUCAUUUCAGGAAAACUCAAAUUAAAUCUUCUGCAUCCAGUGUUACAUUACCACAAAGAUGAGCCAACUCACUCUAUAUCAAUAAUUUCAAUUCAAGGUGUAUACUACUUUAAAAUUCUGUUGUUUAAAUUGCAGUGAAAUGAAUAUUUAUUUCUAAACUGCGCAUUUGUAUAAAAGUCUAUGAUUAGGCAGAAAAUAUGGAUUUUGCUGAAAGAGUGAACUCAUGACUCUUCUUUAUCAUCUAGUCUCCUUAAAAUCAUGCAAUUAGUGACCUCUAAGUUUCAAAACAAUUUUCAGAGUUAAGUCCAAGAGAAAAGGAUAUUUUGGACUGAAUUCUCCAAAUGUAAAUGAUAAUGCAACUAUAUGAUAAAAUGUUAACGUCAUAACAUCUAAACAUAGAGAAAUAAUCAUUAAAGAAAGCACUAUACAUUUAGCCCUGCAAUGGGGAGCAUCCAAGACAGAUUUAUAUCAAAAUCCAAAAUUCAGCAGUAAAACAUAACAUUGAAAUUCUAUUUAAAGUCCUUUGCUAAAGACUCGUUCUCUUGUGGAGACUCUGGCAGUUAGGUCUUAGAAGGGUAUCCACAGGAAAGCUGGGGGUGAACAAGGUCAUGGCUACAGCAGACCUCAAAUGGCGCCACCUGCUACUGCUUUCUUCUGCCACACCAGACAGGGUAGUCAUCAGACAAGUGUGGUUUGGUCUGGAGGAAACAGGUCACCUUGGACCCAGCUGCCUUCAGCCCUCAUCUGACUACCCUCAGCUACACAAAAGUCUCAGAAGCUGGCUGGUUCCAAUCACCUUUUGCAACAUUCCCAGGCCCAGGGCAAAGACAAGGAGUAGUGGUCACUCACAGACCCUGGAGCCAGAGCCCAUCUCCCAUCACUACAUUGCCAUCUCUUUGCUUUGCAACAAGGACCUGGGCUUCUACCUGACCAAACAAAAUCCAUCCUACAAGCACACCUCUGAUCGCACUCCUCUUGGCCCUACUUCAGUGGCACAGCAAACUGUCCUCCAGUAACCCAACAUCUGCCCACUCCUUCCCUGACUGUCCCACUGUCUUUCCCAGCACCAUCACCAAGCCUCCAGCCACUAUCUAUCUGCAAAACACAGAGCAGUCGUGGUUAUGCAAGUUAGGGCCCAGUGAGAUUUUUUUUCCAUUUAGCUUGUUAAAACAAGGCGACAACACUUGGGCAGAAAAUUUUUUGCAGGUUUUAUUCCACAUCGUUUUCUUUGACUUAAAAGUAUUUCUACAGUUACUCACGCUGGAUCUCCUACUGCCAUGAGAUCCAAGCACUGUCAGGAACUGGUUCCCACUAGAAAUUAACUGCCUGUUCUUUGUAGCCUACCUGGUCUAAUCUGUGGAUACAGUCAGAUCAACACCUCGGAGCAUGUGUUCCUGUCAUGAUGCCUGAGCAACACCUAAAUCUUUGUGAUUAUGUCUGUAAAUUGAUGAUAGACACUUGAUGGCUGUUACUGUCAGAGUCUGCCUCUAAUGCCCAGACAACCAGCAAGACUGGGAAAAAGCUGCAAGGUAGCCAGGUUGCAAACAAUAAGAACUGCCUGUUGUUCUCCAUUUUUGUCUAAGAAACAACAGAAUUUGCCGUUUUUACUGGGUAAAUUUGUAAGAAAGAUAGAUCUUCUCUGCAUCUGCAAUACAGCUGAAAUCUGUGUCUACAAUAUUAGAUCUCAAGAUGAAACCAAGGAUUAUGGUAAGAGCCAAUAUAAAAUACAAAAGACACAUAUAAACCUUUUUCUUCAGGUUGCACUGGUUAUGAUUAAAUGAAGCAUUCUCUUGAAAAUAUUUCCUUUCUGGAGACAAACAGUCAGGAAGAGCACAAAAUAUUCUUGUAUAAAAAAGCUUCUAGAAAUAUUAUAUUUUUUCAGUCUGCCUACAUUUGUUGCAUGCCAGCAGAUGGGUAAAUCUCCAUACAUUAUCUCCUAACUGACUAAAUUUGACUUGAAUUUUAGUUGUUCUGCAGUGUCCAAGCAAGUCUCUCUGUCUCACAUACUAAUAUCUUCAUAUAUUGCUCUUUGAGCAGGUUCUUUAAGCUAUGAUUUGUGAACCUUUAAUCAUAUUGUGCUGAAGUUAUUAUUUAAAUUCUCCUCUGAUAUAUUAAUGUAUAACAGUGAACACUUUCCUCAGAUUUUGGGACUUCCCUUCAUCUGCCCAUCUUUAAAUUACAAAUGUUUGGGAGGCAGAACUGUACCUUAGCUUUGAAAGAAAAAAGUUCAUUUGGAUCCUACCAGAAGCUAACAAGCCUGAAAGGAACAUCUAGUCCUUUGAAAAUCACAAUCAACACUACAAUCAAUGUUUCAUUUGGAAGCAUCCACAGAACUUCAUAGCCUCUGGCAACAAAACAUUUCCUAGUCACUUACUGCAAAAACAAAUAAGAAAAGCUCCUCCUCUGUUUUUGUUGUUUUGAACUGAACUUCAUGUUCAGAAAUAAAGUGAACAAAUCUGAUAAAGACACCCAGGGGAAUUAAUUCCACUGGAACAGUCGGGAUGACAGUGAGAGACAAACUUGCAGAGCAGUUUUAUUUUGGUCACAAAUUAGCAAGACAAAUACAGGGGUUUUGUGAGAAAAUACAGUUGAAAGUUGAAAAAUCUUGUUUCAGUGAAUUAUUGUCCUGGGCAAGACUUUCAGAAAAAUAGGUGCCUUAGACUCCUACUAGCUGAACAAAAUUUCAGUUUCUCAAACAAAAUUAAACUCUUAAAAUGAUACAUUUAUUCAAAUAGAAUUGUAGCUAAGUAGGGUAUGUUUUUUAAUUCUCUCCAAGGUAAUUGCAGCAGAUAGCACCCAUUGCAUCUGUAUCACUCAAUAGCACUUUAAUAUGCCUUCGUUUGAAGGGGCAUCUUUUCAAAAGAUACAAUGCUGUCAAGAGCUUCCGAUUCAAAGAGGAUGACUCAAAGUACAAUUCUGGAGAAUAGAAUGUGACCACUUAAGAAAACUUUUCAUGUCCAUUUGAAAGCAGUUUUCUCAUGUCCAUAAAUCCCCUCACCUCUAUAAGACAAAGGUCAGGCUGUUGAGCUGUCAUACAUAGUCUAAUGAGUGACCAUUAACUAUCAAGUAAUUCUGGAUAACCCAUCUGGAGUACAAAUGUCUACUGAGUAACUAAAAUUAUUUAUCCCUUUCCAUAAUUAUUUUUUUUUACAUUACAACUAUGAGAUGGGUUUGAUUGCUCCAUUUAUGCUACCAUUUGCUACAACCUCAACAGUUACACCUAAACUUUGUAUGAACUAUCUGGAUAAAGGUAGAGUUAGUCAAAAACCACUUGAGAACAAGAGGAGUUACUCCAUCGUCAACUUCACACCCUCUGACAACCUGACCAAGGAUGGCAGAGAUGGAGCACGUGACCUGGGUGGAUACUUGUAUGGAGAUUGCAGCAGUAGUAAGCUGUAUAGAAAGAUUUCCAGAACAAAAAGACAGAUUGCCCUGAUGGAUCCCAGAGGAGCUCCAUGGCCACUGGCCCCCACAAUGCCCUGACUCUGCCUCUUAUAAUGUCAGGCAGUUAAGAGACAUUUUCACAGAGUCUGAAGCCACCCAGGAGCCUCUGCAUCAUCAUGGCAUGAGAGCAUUCAGCUCUGCAAGGAGUCUUGGUGUCAGCAUAACACUAUGAGGUUAAGUACAGCCUCUAAAGCCAGCAAGAAAUGUCUUCAGCUCCUUUAAAAUCCUAUCACUUAUGUUUUUCUGGGUAAUUGUGCAUGACAAUUUAAAUUGUGUCUCAGUGUUUGGUGGCACUGAAAGUACAGGUUAGAUGUCUUCCAAUUCAAAACUAGCUUACCAGUCCAGGGAUUCCUGCAGCUACUCACUUUCAAAAUUAAUUGUUAUUAUCCACCAUGAUAAAUAUGCAUUUGAACUUUCACUUGAAUUUUAAAGAGCAAUCUACAGAGUUGCUUCACUGAUGCACCUUUUCAGUCUUACAGUCUACAGCCCUACAUUUUCAUUUACUUGAGAAAUGAGACCACUGCCUAGCAAUUUGGGUAAUCAUAUCUGGUGUUACAGCUAAACCUGUCUUUAACUGCCAGUCUGCGCAACAAGGAAAAAAGGAAGAGGGGAAAAAAGUGCUUCAGCCCAGCACGGAGCAGUCCAUGUCAGAGGGCAAGCCGAGAGGAACUGACGGUGGCUUCGAGGCUCUCAUCUGUGCUUCCCCUCAGAUCACAGUAAAGCCUUUGAAAGAGACUGGAUGAGCAGGCAGAUGAAAGAAGCACAGCCUUGAAAGUAAGAGCUGGAUGGUUAUUAAGGGGCUGAGACUGGCAGCAUGUCCCAUUAGAGGAGCUGGCACUAGGGGCAGUUAGAAGCCUGGGAACAGACCGAGGGAAAAUGGUUGAUGAAGAAUAAUCAUUUUUUAAAAUAAUGGUGUUAAAUGAACUAAAUCAUUUGCUCAGCCUGUUUCUAAACUGAAGGUUUUUUCUGGGUGGCUCAGGAGUACCAGGGGCACGAGAAAGCUCAUCGCACAGAGGGUCCCUCGGUUGCCAAGCUGGAAACAUUGCCAGCAAAGCCAGGGUCAGGUAAGGAGAGACAGGGGCAGGGAAACAAGUGAUUUCUAGGAUUGGGUGGCACAGCAUGGAAGUAAGUAGAACAGAGAAACAAACAGGUGGAGAGGCCAUAUUCAUCCUGCAUUGCUGGAAAGAAAUGUGUAGAGCUGAGAGAGAAGAAGAAAUGAAGUAACAUUCAGGGUCAGACAAACAAAAGAAAUAUUGAGAGAUGAGUGAAAGCAGCAAAGGUGACCAGAACACUGCUUUUGCUCUUGAUUUGCAAUAACAACCAAUAAUUGGUGGAUUUCUUCAACUUGCAUUUUCCACUCUAUAUUGAUGUAUCGGGUAGAAAUAUCCAGGCACUGGCAGUGGAGACUGCAGGGUGCCCUCUAUGAGAAGAAGUCAGGACUCCUCCAUGGGACCGAGCUGGUUCCACCAGCUUCAACAGACCCACCACAGGGCACAGCUGAGCUCUGCAGUCAAGACAGUGGCACUUCUGUGCACAUGGGCUUAUGCAAAGGUAAAGACAGUGCACAGCAGCCAUGAGACACGAGUAGGGGAAAAUGCAAGAGAAACAUCCCCACAGACACCAAGGUGAGAGACAAAAGAAGGUGAAAAGGUGCUGUAGGUUCUGAAGCAGCACUCCCUGACAGCCUGUGGAGAUGACCAUGGUGAAGCAGGUAUUUCUAUGCAGCCCUUGGAGACAACCAGGCCACAGCAGCUAUUCACACGGCAGCCCAUGGAAGACUCCAUGUUAGAGCAGGUGGAUAUUUCCUGAAGGAACCUGUGGAAAACCCAUGCUGAAUAGGUUUACCCCAAAGGGCUGCAGCCCAUGGAGAGGACCCAUCCUGGAGCAGAAAAAAAUCAUGAAGUGUAAGGAGCAGCAGAGAGUAACUGCUAUGGACUGACCACAACUCUGCUUCUAUAUUGUGCUGGGGGCAGAGGACAAUGUAGACUAAGAAAUUAAGAAAUGAAGUUGAGUCUGGGAAGAAGGGGAGGGUGGUGGAAAGGUCUUUGUUUUGUCUUUGUUUCUCACCAUCCUACUCUGUUUUAAUUGGCAAUAAAUUAAUUUUUCCCCAGGUUGAGCCUGUUUUGUUUAUGACAAUAACUGGUGAGCAAUCUUUCUGUCUUUAUCUUGACCAACAAGCUUUUUUUGUUUUGUUUUCUCCCCCUGUCCUGUUUAGGAGGGGAAUUGAGAGAGGAGGCUGGGUAGGCACCUGACAGCCAGCCAAAGUCAAGACCCCACAAUCAACCCUAUAAAUAAGAAUUAACAUUUCUAGUCUAGAGAUCAGGUGCAGAAGAACUGCAACG